CGCGUCGUCCCCAUCAACGAGCCGGACAGCGAGGUGGAGGUGUUCGGCUACAGGUACCCUCUCCCUCCGCCGGUCGGCCUGGCGCCCGGGCCGUCCGUCACGGCGCCCUUCUGGGAGGCGGCCUGGCUGCGACGCCGCGAGCGCCUGCUGCAAGAGCUGGGGCUUGCGGGACUGGCGGGGCAGCAGGGGCCGUGCCGGUGCGCGCCGCUGAGCGAGGUCUGCGGCUACCCGGCCUACCCAGGCUUCGGGCCUCCGUUCGGGUACCUGGCUCGGUACCGCCCGGACGGCGUUACGGACGCGGACCUGCCCUACCGCCUGGGCGUCGGCGCGUACGGGCUGUACGGCGGCGGCAGGCCGCUGCACCACCACAACACGGCUCCGCUGGGGACGGCGCGCCUCCACGACAACCCCAACUAG